AUGACGACUCCUAGAUCCGGACCCCCCUUUGACCUGUCUUCCCGAGAAGGUAACGAUGACAAGAGCGGUACAUCCACUUCUAUGGAACACGCAGAUUUGGAGUCUAAUGGAUCGCCUUCUACUGGGGAACUUUCUAUCUCACAUGAAGCCCCCAACGAAACCACAGAUGCAGGUUCGGGCCAAGCGCAUUCUCCUGAAGACCUUUCCUUCUGGCCGCCAGUUCGCCGCCACAUCAUGGGGCUCGAGCCAGCUGAACGCCCUAUCAAGGUCACUUGCGGUAUGUGCAGAAACGAGGUGAGCAUCGCCAGCCUUCCAGCGCCAGCAAUGAACAACGACGAGGUGCGCAAAGGUUGCGUGUACCCAUGUGGUCACAUUAUCUGCGAGGACUGCGAUGACGGUAUGACGCAGCACGAGUAUGAGACAUGUCCAGUCUGUCGACUACAGCUGAAUUGUGAGACCUGCGGUUUGCGGCCGGAUCGUCGAACCGCGCCUACUGUGGGAGAGAGCUUGGAAAAGGUAAACAAAAUUCCCAAGACUAUCCCUGAAGGAGGGUUCUACGAGCCGAAAUGCGUGAUGUGCUUUUUCGGCAAUCCGGACAGUAGGAGGAACCUGUGGAUGCGCGGCGAGGAGGCAAUGAAUCGGUCCCCCCAGGUUGAUUUUGGAGCUCAAGCUUCAUAUGAGCCUAUUGGUGGUUGUACUUUUUGA